AUGAAAACCAUCACCGAAAACGCAGUCCUCACAGAAACCAUUUGCCCCAGUAAGAAUGUCCUCAAGUACGAGGAAAAGGUUUUCGUGAAUCGGGGGGAAUCCCUCAUCAAGGUGGACCCGUCUUACUACAUCAAGCAAAAAGUGCUGAACAUCCAAAAUCUAAACUACUUGCUAAGUAGUUACGCCCAUUUUUUCGAGAACUACAGAACGCUAAGCAUCCUCUGUGUGUUGAAUAUUUUCAUAAUUCUUUUUCUUCUCCUUCUAUACUUUUUAUUUUCCCUCAUAAUAUUUCUGCCGGCCAUUUUUUUGGUAGGUUCCCUUUUCUCCUGCUCGUUUCCCAUGUUCUAUCCCUUAAUUAAGGACAAAAUGCAAAUCAUUCUAAAGGAGGAAAUAAUUUUCCCUUCAUGCAUAACAAUUGGCUCGAUAUUAUUUUUUAUAUCAAUUCUUUUUAUAUAUUUGACGCCAUUAGUUUCCGUUUUUUUAUACCCCUUCAAUGCUAUUUUCAUGCCGCUUAUUUCGACCCUCAUUUUGCCGAUCAUCCUAUUCAUAAAUACAAGCGUGUGUGUUGUUUAUGUGGCUUUUUAUACCCAGGCCGUGCCAAAUGUUAAACACCUAGUGCAGAACGCUUCCAGAUACAUCUUUUUCAAGAUUCCCCUUUUUCACCUUUAA